GGUUCCUACUUUUCCCUUUCCGCCCAAAUUCGGCCCCCGUUCUCGGUCAUCCGCCCUCUUCCAUCUUCUCCAAUUCAACCUCAUCUCUACACUGCCGCCUCACCAACACUCGUGAUCAUUCUCUAUAGUGCUUAUAUUCUGUCAUCUGCUUUAGCCUUGCAAGUCAGCCUCAAACUUACCUACGAUAUCACUGCGGAUAUAUAUGGGGGCUUUCCUCUCGUCCUGCUCCGUCCUCCCUCCGUUCUCCGACUCCCGCUAGAACUAUUCGGCCCCUGCUGCAUAGUACGACUGCGAUCCUACCACCACGAUACAACUUCUACGCUCGACCAACUAGCACUACUCACUGCGCUCUAUAAAUCUUCUCUAUAUUUAAGGAAACCAAAGAAAAAAAUCUCCUUGCGCGGAAAUGGAUCGACUUGUGACCUCCGUCCCGGCGCUUUCGGAGGGGCACCCCGGGAAUGCGAAGCCCUCCAACGAUACCAAAUUGCAGCCCCUUCAUCUUGCCUCACCUUUGCGCAACGGUGAGAUUGGAUUUGGUACCAUUUCUCCCAUCGAGAACGGUAGUUUCGCCUUCGACCGGGUCAUCAAGACCGGUAAAGUGCACCGUCGCAUCAAACACAAGCGCGCGUUCAAAGCUACAUGGAAAUCCGGACACCUUGUCCUUCGACCAAAUCUCCUCUCGGUCUACAAAGAUGAAGAAGCAACCAGACUAAAGCUUUCCAUCACUUUGUCCGAAGUCACGGCCGUUGCACCCUUCAAGUCUCCCCGUUCGAAACGCCAACAUCUUUUCGCUGUCUACUGCCCCACGGGAAACUAUCGUUUUCAGGCCGAGUCGCAAAAGGAUGCAGAGGACUGGAUUCAGCGCAUCCGCUCCGAAACCCGUCUGGAUGAGGAAGAAGCAGCGUUCUUAGCUCUGGCGAAGAAGAAGAAAUCACAAAAGUCGGCUUUGAAGCCAUCUGGCGACGACUCCACGUCUACUUCAUCCAGACCCAGCUCACCUGAGUUGGGUGCGUCCCUUUCUCCCAACAGCCAAGCCAGACACUUCGCUUACCCUCUGGAUUUCUCGGCCAAUGACAUGACCUCGGAAUGGUCAGAUGGCCCCUCGAACAACACCAACCUCCGUCCCAAACGUUCCGCCAAUAAUCUCUCAUCUGCUCAGAAAGGCGGACAACCGCAACCGCAACCGCAACCGCAACCGCCACUGCCACUGCCACUGCCACUGCCACGCGAAGGAAACCGAAAUGCGGAUGUGGGUAUCCUUCGGGAUCCGGAAAGAGUGCUUUGCAACGGUUAUCUUCAGUGUCUACGAACCAAAGGAGGUGUACGGACAUGGAAACGAUACUGGGUUGUCUUGCGCCCCAAGAGUCUUGGCUUCUACAAAAACGAAAAGGAAUAUUGCGCAGUCAAAGUCAUCCCAAUGUCCCAAGUGAUCGAAGCAGCCGAAAUUGAACCCGUGUCCCGGUCAAAAAACUUCUGCCUUCAAGUCAUUGCCGAAGAAAAGUCAUACCAGCUAUGUACUCCUGACGAAGAAUCGCUCGCCAAAUGGCUGGGUGGACUGAAGAGCAUUAUCAUUGCCCGCAAGAAAUUGGAGGCCUCAGCCUCUGCCACCGCCUAAUUUAAUCCUAACCAUCCUUGUCCUUGUUUCCUUUACUUUGCCGUUACUGCUUCUUGUGUGUAUUAUAUACCAUAUUUCUUUGGUUUAUUAUUGACCCGUCAUGUUGACAUGACCAUGACCAGGUCAGGGUUGGGAUCUGGAGUUAUAUAUCAUCCUUUUGGUCUCUUUUGGUCGUUUGGAUAUCUUGGAUAUGGUGUAUGGCCGGCUGGCGUAAUUUGGACAACCAACACAGCAAGCUGGGUCUUCUGUCUUCCAUUCGUUAUCGUCACUUGUUUUCUUUUUUAUUCUUCUUGCCGUUGUAUUAAUUUUCUAAUUAUUCUGGAAUCGGCCUGGUCUAUUCUGACUACAUAUAAUUUAUAGAUCAAUCAAUGAGAGCAUAUUCUAGC